AUGAAUUUUAAAAUUAAGGUGGAAAAGUUGAAAGAACUCAAAGAAUCACAGAAAAAUGAUAUCUCAUUUGAUGAAAAUCAAUUUCUGCAACAUUGUGCUGAUUUAUGGAAACAGUUGGAUAAUUAUAAGCGGAAGAUAGAAGAAGUGAAAAAUACGAGUGAACAGCAUUUCAAAGAAAACACACUUAAAGAUUUGGAAACAAUGACUGAUCAAUUGUCAAAUUUAAUGACUUCCAAUAAAAUCACCAUGACAAAUGAUAUCGUCAAAAUACCUCCUAUCGAAACUAUACGAGAAGAAGAAAAGGUGUCGAUGGAAGAAAUGAAUAAUUUACAAAGGGAGAAUAUUACUGAAGUUUCAUCGAAGGAUUCAUCAUCAGAUCCAGAUUAUGAUUCUGAUCAUUCGAUUGUUGAGGAACGGGAAGAAUUGAAAAAUGCAGGAAGCACUGAAAAUAAUCGAUUCAUUGCUGUGGCUAAUUUCGAAGCACAAGAAAAAAAUGAUUUAACUUUGAGGAAAAAUGAUUUAGUACGAAUUAUUGCUACUCGACAAGAUGGCUGGUGGCUAGCAGAAAAUGCAAAUGGUGUUCGUGGAUUCGUUCCAAAAACAUUUUUGAAGGUUUACAAAGAAUUGAAUGAAUCUAAAGAAGUAGCAGAAGAGUUUAAUAAACCUUUACCAAUGCCUCAGCAAACUAUCAUGCGAGCUGGAUAUUCCCGAAUAAUCAAAAAUGAAGAAAUUACUGAAAAAUCAAAAGCUUCAAAAGCACACAUUUCAAAUAUCACAGGUGCGCUUGCACGGACUUCAUAUAUUACAGGUGCGCUUGCACGGACUUCACAUAUUACAGGUGCACCUGCACAAACUUCAAAUAGUGGACAAGUUGACGAAACAAAGAUUCUUGAAGAAUCUAGCUCCGACAAUAGCAAAAUUUCGGGACAACAUUUGGAGUUGCCUGAGUCGAAAAUUCUAAAAACUACCCGAUCGAGUUCAUUCACUCAACCUAUAACUGCACCAAAUAUGCUCGAAAAAGAUGAUGAUUAUAAUGCUCAUUUUACAUAUGAAUGUUAUUUGGCGCCACGUCUCAGUAAAUCGAAUUAUGCAUUUCAUGAUAUUUACUGGAAUUACGAGGAUGAUCGAGUAAUUAAUUAA